UUGCGCUUUGUGAUUGGUCCGGCGGCUUUUGGGACCUGUCAUGUGUCCCAGGUGCCGCCUUACCAUUCACAAAGAGCACCGCUUCUUGCGCAUGCGCACUGGGCACCCGGCUGUCAAGCCGAGCGCCCACACUACAGCAGCCGGGAAGACAGCGCGCCGCUGGAUAGAGGAACAGGUAAGGUCCCGCUGCAGAGCUGAGCGGCCGGCCCGGUAUUCUGACACGACGGCAGUGGAAAUACCGGACUGGCCGCUCCGUAUGACGCAC